UAUAAUGCAGAAUUGAAGCAGAAGUUACAGUUUAACCAGACGGAGUAUAAUAAAGAAUAAAGAUGCCGUUUAUUGAUUUAGAAACGAAUUUACCUGCAAGUAAAUUCUCUGAAGAAUUUCUGAAAAAGCUGUGCUCCACCACAGCGGCUGCUCUUGGAAAACCAGAGGACAGGAUGAACGUGGUGGUGAAGCCUGAUUUGCCCAUGCUCAUUGCUGGCUCGUGUUCCCCCGCUGUGAUGCUCUCGGUUUCUGCCAUUGCUGUGACUGACACGGCGGAGAAAAACAAGGAGCACAGUGCUAAAAUCUCCCAGUUCCUCACCCAGGAGCUGGGGCUCAGCCAAGACCGCAUUGUGAUUCGGUUCUACCCGCUGGAGCUGUGGCAGGUGGGAAAAAAAGGCACAGUGAUGAGCUUUCUGUAGGACCUGCACAUCUUUCCACCUAUUCUUUUGUUACACCAGUCGUCUGUUUGAGGACACACCUUAUGCUGCACAGUGUUAUCAUGGCUUGUUAUCUGAUCUGGGGAUUGAACCCUUUUUUACAACCCUUUUAAAUGUCUUUUUUUAUCUGAUUAAGUCCUCAUAGGGCAAAUGGAUUAAGUGGGCAUUUUGGUACAGUGCAUUUGGGAUUUUAAAUUGCUGAAACACUAAUGAAUGUAGUAAUGAUUAUAAUUACAAGUAAAAUAGAUUCCAGUUUUAA